AUGAGAGAGAAAAGAUAUGGUAAGAGAACGCUUUCAGAGAGAAAUGCCAGUUAUCUCAAGUUUCCAAAUAAGCUGGAAAAAUACUCUCGAUUCUUAAACAAAAAUAUAAGUAAAAUUGGCCUCCCAUCAAAUCUAAAGAAAGAUAAUGCAGAAAUAAAUUUACUACAGCCAGUAAGCAAUCACAGAGGUGGUGUGAAAAACCCAAAAGGGACCGCCACCAAUAAUACACCAGAACAGAACAAACAUAUGCAAGAUAUACAAAAGAAUGCCUAUGAAGAGGGGGGAGAGAAAAGCUUAACAAGAAGUAAUUUGAAGAAAUUACAGGAAAAAAUUUUCGAUAAAGAACUUAACAAUAUUUUCUGCGACCAUUGUCUUUGUAGUACGGAAAAUAGAAAAGAUAUUAAGUAUUCGCGACUUUGGUUCCUUUUCGAAUUGGAAAUGAGUGAAAACUGGAAUGAAAAUCUCCGACUUAGUUGUUACAAUAAAUACGUGUACUCUGCUAUUGACAAGUCCUGGAAAAUGGAAAAUAUUCUUCUAAAGGAACAAGAGAAGUACUAUGAAUAUUUUCCAAUAGAGCAAUUACUAAUACCCAACACUAUUGAAUACCACAGCCCAUGGAAAGGACAGGAAAAUAUUGGAGACUUAACAGUUGAAAUUGAUAGCGUUAUAGAGACCAAUCUUCAAAAGGAAAGACUUCUGCCCGAAAGCAUCUUAAUAAGAAGGGAGAAUGAGAUUGGAUUUAGCGAUUUUCAGUUGGAUGCCAGAAAGAUUCUGAAUGAUUUAAGUGCCACAUCUGAAAAUCCAUUUAACUUCUCACCAAGUGGAAAGAAAAAUAAAGCUGAAGAAAAGACCUUGGAGAUAGUUUCCGAAAAGAAGGCAAACAAGAAGAUUCUAGGGGCAUUAGAAAGGAAGCUACAUGGCGAUCGAGAUUAUUAA